UUUGUUGCCGCACAUUUUAUCGAUGUGAUCAAGUUGUUAUUACAUUUUGCUUAUAAUAAGAAUCAAAAAACGAUGGACUUAAAAGAUUUCUUGGCAGUAAAGCAGUUGUGUGACAACAACGUAGAAAAAUUAAACAAUAACUUAGCUAACUUUACGCGGGAUUUGGAUAUUUUGUGCCGAGUUCUGGACGAACGGUGGGUGAACGUGGAAAAAGAGGAUAGAGCACUUAUCGGCAUGCACGAUCUCUUGCUAGGUAGCAUGAGUAGUUUCAACGAAAACGUAAUCAAGUGGAACAUGCACAUUAAUCUGAAUAAGCUCGGACCAUUGGUCGCAAAUAGCGACGAACAUCUGCGGCGCAACGACCUGACGCACACGAACAAGCAUGGGAUUGAAGUGGGAAAUGUCUUGGAUGAACGUCCGCACGGACGACAGACAAUCCAACAAGUGAAGGACAAUCGGUCGGCACCCCUAGUGCAAAAUGUCGAGUCAUCAUUGUCUCGUUCCAAGCCUGUGUCGGAUACCCUUUCGCGAUCCACGCGAUCGAGUUGGUUGAUUGAGCCUGAUGCAGACAUCGUAGAGGCAAUGCCAAAACCUAUAACAGCCACACAGCCCACAGCACAGGUAGACGACAACAAAACCUCUGUUACCGCAACAAAAAGCAUGCUGCCAAUUUCCCCACGCAAGCAAAGACUCGAGCCUCCGAGUGGCGGAACGACGAUAUCCAGCAGUGAAAUCUACAAUCAGAUCCUGAAGAACAUGGCAGCCUUUCCGGAGGGAAGUGUGAUAAAUGCCGCCGUGAUGCAUCUAAACAUGGAAGAAAACUGUUUCUUUGUUGGCAUGUGGGAUUCAAAGCCGCUGCAACACCUACUCGAGGGGAAGUUACUUGUAAAGGAGCUGGACCAGCUGCCCAACUUCGGGGAUAUCUUUGCCGUGUACGACUGCAUGGAACAGAUCAUUCCACGUGUCACAAUCAACGACUAUGCCGAUGGCGGUGGCUAUGAUGCCUACUUGAUUGAUUAUGGCGAGCAUAUACACUUGAAUGGCGACGAAAAUAUAUUUUCCUUGCCUGAUGACAUACGACAGCUGCCGGCGGAGGCCAUCAAAUGCUUUUUCAGAGAAGGCGAUGUGUCCUCCAUGACCAAGACCAAAUUCAAGAGCGUAAACUUGCGUAUUUUGGAAAACAGGAUCAACGAUCUAAUCGUCGAACUGGCGGAGGAGAGCAAAGGCGAAAGUACUCAGAAGAAGACUCCCGACGUGAGCGAGGGUCCACAGCUAAGCGAGGCAGACCUUGCCAUGCUAAAUGAGAUUGAUGAGGGCACCAGUGACCCCCUAAAGGCUGUACUGGGCUUCAGGCCCACAGACGAACAGCGCAUUUGUCGGCACUACGAUCCGAAACUCAAUGGCUGCUUCAAGGGUGGAAGCUGUCGUUUGGUGCACGAGCCUCUUGCACCGCAUGGCGCCACCAAGGACGUGGAGGUGGCAGCCGCUCUGCCAGAAGCCGUUUUUGACACCCCGCUCUCACGACAACUGGGCAGCACUGUGAAAAUGCUGAUAACCUACGUGAGUAGCACCACGGAAGUGUAUGGCCAAUUUGUGGACGGCUCUUCUCCACUAGUGUGGACCAAGAACGAUGUCCUAGGGGCCAAUCGUCAGUUCAAGCAGAAGCCGCACAUGUUGGACAUUGUCUUAGCUCGCUACAGCGAUGGCUGCUAUUACCGCGCCCAGGUCAUCGAGGAGUCGGACGGAGAUUAUAAGAUAUUUUAUGUGGACUAUGGCAAUACGGAGUUUGUGCCAUUAAAUGCUCUGGUUCCGUGCGGAGAUGUCGACCGUCUUCGGCCACAUCGCGCCGUUAGCUGCCACAUCGAGGGCGUCGAAUACAGAAGCUCCUUGCCCCCAAAGGGAGCCACCGAGUGCAUGGAGUAUCUGAAAAGCAAAAUACUCAACGUGGAGGAAGACGUGCUCCUGAUCAGACGCCUGCACGAUAGCUUUGAGAUUCGAUUCCUUGGCGUCAAUGCAAAUCUGCCCGAACAAUUGAUGAAGCGCGGAUAUUCCGCCAUCGAUGAUGCCAUGGAAUUCAAUUCUGAAGUUGAUCAGAUCAAAGAUUAGGUAUUCAUAUAAAAUGGUUGUAGUUCUUAAGUUUAUUUUGUGUCAAAUGGGUGUGAGCACCACAACGGCGACAGCACUCGAUUCAUGAAUGGAAAUGAUGUUUAAUUUUCAUUUAAUUUUAAUCAAACAUUGACAAGCACCAUGAACGUUUCUAUCGAUUAGGAGAGACAAUCGUGUCAUAUUUAGUUAGAUGACUUUGAAUAACGGAUCCCGUAUCAUUCUUAAGCUG